GUGCGUGAUUAACGUUGCCCAAGCAGCCUCCUACAUCGUGCAUGCUGUGAUCAGCGUGCGCGCUGCCGCGGUGGACUGCCCGAACAGGCAGCAGACGAAUCGGGCAGCGGCCUGUACUACGCAGGUCAGUGGUGCCCUCCAGUCUUUUUCCCUGGUGGCCGCGUACCUGUCGAAUGCCGCAGCGAUGUGUGGCGCAACCGCGGUUGCCGGCGCAGAGUGUUCGAAUCGAAUAGGCUCUGUCGUGGCUGGCAUGGCGGAGGUCUCUGCUGGAGGCAGCGCAUCUGCCCUUCAUUGCAUCCGCAAUGCGAGCAGUAACAGCACCACGCGACCUCGCUGA